AUGCCUAAUACGGCGGGCAGCGGGUUCCAGUGGGACAAACUCUCGCCCGCCGAAUUCCAACAGCUGCAGGAAUUAGCCUCGUAUUCGACGAAAAAGCUACAAAAUGUUCUCAAUGAGUUCUGCGAGGUCAAAAAACAGAGUCCCGAUGGGGACAUCGACUAUGAAGGUUUCCGGUGGUUUUUGGACACAUUUCUCGAAGUGUCGACUCCUGAUGAACUCUCCAGGCAUCUGUUUCUUUCAUUCGUGCGGAGGGACAGGCGGCCGGCGUUACGAGAAAUGGCCGCCGCCAGCUCUACCGCGGCUUGCGCACCCGUCACUUCUCACGGAGAUCAUCAGGGUAAAUUAAGCUUGGCUUCAAAGAUCCAUGGCCUAGCUGAAAGGUUACAGCAACUCGGCAGAAGUUCCGGAGAUUCUGUCGAUGGCAGUGAGAAGGGUUCACGAAGUCGCACCGGGAGUGUCCACCCAAUGUUCGCAGUAACUACUCACCCAUCGUAUUCUUCCCACGAGCUCUGUCUGGACCGACGCAACGAGACGAGCCCGAGUCACAGCCAGAUGUCGAGAAACUCCAGCAGGAAGAGCAGUAACUCGCUUCGUGUCAAUCAAUCCACGAAAAUCGAAGAUUUCAAACACCUAAUGCGUCGUCCGUCAACUCUGGAAGUACACACUGCCCGAGUGUCCCUGAAGGAUAUUGUGUGCUAUCUAUCCUUAUUAGAAGCGGGAAGACCUGAAGAUAAAUUAGAAUUUAUGUUCCGCUUGUACGACACUGAUGGUAAUGGAGUGCUGGACACCAACGAGAUGGACUGCAUCGUCAACCAAAUGAUGACCGUUGCGGAAUACCUAGGAUGGGAGACUUCAGAGCUAAGACCGAUCCUACAAGACAUGAUGGUUGAGAUAGAUUACGAUGCAGAUGGAACAGUUUCUCUCGACGAAUGGAAAAGAGGAGGCAUGACAACGAUACCGCUCCUGGUGCUCUUGGGUCUAGACACGAAUGUCAAAGAAGAUGGCGAGCAUGCAUGGAGAUUGAAGCAUUUCAACCGGCCCGCUUAUUGCAACCUUUGCCUUAACAUGCUGGUUGGUUUAGGAAAGAAAGGUCUCUGCUGUAUAUUCUGCAAGUUCACCGUUCACGAGCGCUGCGUGCAACGGGCCCCUGCGUCCUGCAUAGCGACGUACUCUAAGCGGCGGGCCUCUGCCACUCUCGCUCAUCACUGGGUUGAAGGUAAUUGCCACGGGAAAUGCGCGAGAUGUCGGAAAAAGAUCAAAGGCUACAACGGAAUCACAGGCCUACACUGUCGAUGGUGCCAUAUCACACUACAUAACCGGUGCGUGGGCAGUGCGGGAGGGGCGUGCACUCUGGGCCGUCACGCGAAGCACAUACUGCCGCCCACGGCGAUCAGGCCGUUGGUGCUGGACCGCCAGCGCUCGCUACCACAUCGCCCCCACCAGGACCAGCAAACCCUACCAGUGUCGAUAUCACUGCCGAUUUCAAUCUCAGCGUCGGCAGAAGAGAGGAAAGAAGAAAAGAAGGAGCCACGGGCGCCACCUAUAUCAUUCCAGAUAACACCACCAGAAGGGUCCUGUCCACUGCUGGUUUUCAUCAAUCCAAAAUCCGGUGGACGUCAAGGCUCAAGAGUUCUUAGAAAAUUACAGUAUAUACUUAAUCCUAGGCAAGUGCACGACAUCGCCAAGGGCGGACCAAUGCAAGGUCUGCAGAUGUUUAAAGAUGUAAAGAACUAUAGAGUUAUUUGCUGUGGAGGUGACGGAACUGUUGGAUGGGUGUUAGAAACAAUGGACAAAGUUCCGAUGGAAACACAGCCUGCUGUUGGAGUAAUUCCGCUUGGCACUGGCAACGACCUAGCACGUUGUUUGCGGUGGGGUGGAGGCUACGAGGGUGAAUCCAUCCACAAGAUCCUCGACAAGAUCGCCCGCGCCAGCACCGUUAUGAUGGACCGAUGGCAGAUACACGUGGAAAAUACUAACGCGGCCUGUGAACAAGUCCAGAUGCCAGACUCGGCGCCGCACCCCACUUCCGUCCCCUACAACAUCAUAAACAACUACUUCUCCGUUGGCGUCGAUGCUGCGAUCUGCGUGAAAUUCCACACAGAGCGGGAGAGGAAUCCCGACAAGUUCAGCUCUCGAAUGAAGAACAAACUAUGGUACUUCGAGUUCGCUACCUCGGAACAGUUUGCAGCCAGUUGCAAAAAUCUACACGAACACAUCGACCUAGUGUGCGACGGGUUGUCCCUGGAGUUGAGCAAGGGCCCGGCCCUCCAGGGAGUAGCGUUGCUCAACAUACCGUACGCUCAUGGUGGCUCCAACCUGUGGGGGGCGAGCGGUGCGCACCGCCGUGGCCGCUUCCCCAACGCGCAGCAAGACAUCGGUGACAAGCUCAUAGAAGUGAUAGGUUUGGAGAACUGUCUACAUAUGGGCCAAGUGCGAACAGGUCUUAGGGCGUCGGGUCGUCGUCUGGCACAGUGCAGCUCCAUAACAAUAACCACGAAGAGGACAUUUCCGAUGCAAAUCGAUGGCGAACCCUGGAUGCAACCGCCGUGCAAGAUUACUAUAACGCACAAGAACCAAGUUCCCAUGUUGAUGGGCCCAGCUCCAGAAAAAGGGAGGGGAUUCUUCAAGCUCUUCGCACAUUGC